UUUUUUCUCUCUGCAUCUGCCUCUGCCUCUGCCCCUGCCACCUCUGUCUCUCUCUCGAUCUCUCUCGAUCGAGACCUUCAAACACCAACGCAACCGCCCCGAAAUAACCAACCGCUUCUCCCCUUCUCAGGCGGAGGGACACACGCACACGGCCCCCCACAAUGCCGCCUCGCCUCUUCGCCUGCUUCGGCAAGCCCCACGUCCACUCCUCCGCCGCAACCGCGUCGGCAGAGGAUCAGAGAGGGGCGGUGCUGGUGGAGCUGUUCUCGUCGCAGGGCUGCGCCACCUCUCCCGAGGCGGAGCUGUUGGUGUCGAGGCUGGGGAGGGGGGACUUCGAGGUGGAGGCUCCGGUGGUGGUGUUGGCGCACCACGUGGACUACUGGGACUACAUGGGGUGGAAGGACCCGUUCGGGUCGAGCCAGUCCACGGUGAGGCAGAAGGCCUACGUGGAGGCGCUGAGGCUGGACACCAUGUUCACGCCGCAGGUGGUGGUCCAGGGUCGGUCCCAGUGCGUCGGCACCGACCAGGACGCCUUGCUCUCUGCCAUCGCGUCCGCCCCUAAAUUCCCUUCGCCGGCGCUCCAGGCAAAUUUCCAGAGGCCGUCACCAGAUUCUUUACAAGUGUUGCUAUCCGGAGCAUUGAAGAUGAAGGUGGAAGGCCAAGCUAAUGUGAUGGUGGCGCUCUGUGAGAAUGGAUUGCUGACCGACUGCUUGAAGGGAGAGAAUAAAGGGCGGGUCUUAUCGAACGACUUCGUCGUGAGGAAGCUGGAGAAACUGUGUACCGUCAAGGAUAUUUCGGCAAAGAAGACGGUUUCGGGAACUGUUAAUUUCUCAUUGUGGCAAGGUUUCACAAGCAGCAAAUGCGGGAUUGCGGUCUUUGUUCAGAACAGUGCUCACCAGAUCUUCGGAUCGCAGAACAUACUACUGCCAGAUAAUAUGUGAAAGUCGGACGAAAUCUUUCAUUCUAUGUCGCAGCAUCAGGGCCUCGAGUUCUGACUAUCAUGUACAGGGUGUUGUGGUGGUUGAGCACCAUUUUUUUUUUCACCUCUAAGUUUGCUCCUUUGUUUUCAGCUGCUGGUUGGACUUUGUUUUGUCAUUGAUUCUUUUAGGAGAUAGAGCAUAUCCGACUUUCAUUCUCGAACCAUUUGAAUUCUAAGUUGAGGAUCCUGCGAUUCUUCAGUGUUUGGAA